AUGUCGGCACCUGCUCCUGUAGGCGUCGAAUCGGGCCCUCCGCUUCCCAUCGGCCAAUUUGUGGACUUUAAUUCGCAUGGGCCUCAGCCGGUCAAGGCGUUUCCUUACGCUUCGCUUGCAGCUGUCGAGUCUCAGGCACGACGAGGACCCCCAUCUGCAUCAGGAUCGACUUCUGGAAGAGCCACGCCAGGAGGAUUGGAGCCGCUGCCAGAAGCCUCGCACAUCAAUGCGCUCUCGGAGGCUUCUGGGCCAUCGCCGGCUGGCUUGCCGGGUCCCAAAGGCUCAGCUUCAGCCACUUCGCGAUCCAAUGGCAAAGCAGCAUCUAGCAGGCUUGAAGGGCUGAGCGCAGACAUUGAUGCGGCUCUAGCUGGCCUUACUCAAGUUCAACGGCUUCGCGCUAUCCUUCGAUCAGAAGGCUACGACAAGGUAGUGGUGCCCCUGACCAACGAAAAGUGGAAGGACAGAUGGGAGAGAAUGUGCCUGGCUCCAGCAACGCCCGUCAUGAACGGGCACAUGGCUGGUGAUGGCCCCGCUCCUGCUCAUGAUUCACCUGGCGCAAGCGCUUGGGACCAGCCCAAGCAUGCGAUGAGCAACCCAGGCGCGAUGGGUGAGAGCUGGGAGAUCUUGACCAGGGAGCAAGGCAUGAAGAGGAGCACUUCGCGCCCUCACGUCGCGCUGCCUGACGACUCGCCUCGUCGAGGUGGCACGGCACCGGAGGGAGCUCCAAAAAGCGGUGGUGGCAGUGGACCUGCUGCGACGUUCAAGCGAAAGCUCAAGUCGCCCAUGAUGUCCGGACACGGCUCAGGAGGGAGCAGUAAGAGCCCGCCAUCGGAAGCCUCUGCUCCAAGUACAGCCUUUGCGUUCUCAUCGGAAACAGAGGAACAGGCGAGAAUGCGGGAAGCUGAAGAUUGGAGGCGUGCCCCAGCCUUUAGGCGGAACGAAGUGAACAUUGCAAAGAUUGGUGAGCUGUCAACAGCGUUUGAACACUGCACUUCCUGCCCUUGUGCUCAUCGACGUCUGGCUCAUAUGUGUGUGGACCGCCGCAGAUGAGACCGAUGGGCUGGUCGCUGUCAUAAGUCCUUGGUUGGAGCUUGAUUCGCCCGAUGAGGGAGUGCGACUGGACAGCGAAAUCGUGAGUAGGACGGCGAUGCAUCGACGUGGGCCGGCGAGAGGGUCACACUCACCAUCUUCCACCGGCUGCUUUGGCAACCGCCAGGCCCUUCGACAAGAAGUAGCGUAUGCAGCCUUUCUCGGAAUCCCCCAAGUCGUGCUCCCAGCACCUUCUAGCUCUCCCUCUCACGUCCCGUUUCUCCCAUUCUACGCGCGAGCCAUCAGCGGUCUAUUGAGCAGCGGCGGGACCGAGACUGCCCCAGCAGGGAGCUGGAUGCAGGUGAGUCCAGUGUCCCUGUUUGGCAUUACUUCUGAGUAUUAUGUGCACACUGAGCUGUCUCGUUUUCUCUCUGCCGCAGCUGUCCUUGCGCCUGCCAGUAUCAUCGGUACAUGCAGCCCGUAUCUGGCUCAACAAACAGAGUGGAGCCAAGUCAAGCAAGUCGACCGAAAGUCUCGACAGCGGCUUCACAAGCGGAACCGAGCGGGAUCGCGGCGCCGCAGUGCGAAGUGACAAUGACUGGGCUUGGAGCGUUUGGGAGCUGAUGCGUCAGAUUACUGGAUAUCCCACUCGGCUCAGCGUAGCUUUGGAUCUAGGCGUUCCUCUACCGUCGGCAGCUUCACUCUCGCAUUGGGCGGCUGAGCCUGUGGGAUUGGUUCUGAUGCCUGCCGGCUCCUUCUUGGCCAAUGCUAAAGGAUUCCCGGUGUUGUCAAAGGCAGCUCAAAGCCUGUGUCGAAGCUUGAUGCGGAGGAAACCGCUCUUCGUGUUGUCUGGCAUUCAGGAACCGCCACCCCGACACACUCGAGGAACGCCAUCAGGCUAUCUGCAAUACUUGAGACACAUCGAGCGCAGCGCCCCUGCAGAAAGUGCGGUGGAUACAUUUGCGCGAGGAUAUGCAGAUUGGUUGCAGGCCCCACUGCAGCCUCUGAUGGACAACCUCGAAAGUCAAACCUAUGAGGUGUUCGAGCGAGACCCCAUCAAGGUGAGCGUCUCUCACCUCUUUGAUUGCGCGAUGAGACUCGCUUUGCUGACGAGAUUCUGUCAUGCCGCGGUGCUGUUGCUCGCACUCUGUAGUAUCAGCUUUACGAGGAAGCAGUCGCGCAGGCUCUAGCUGAUCGUUCGGUCGUGGGGGUCAUUUCGGUAUGGGUGUGCGGAGCAGGAAGGGGACCUCUGGUGUCAAGGGUGCUCGCGGCUGCUACCAAAGCUCGCCGCAACGUCAAAGUCAUUGCGCUGGAGAAGAAUGCCAAUGCACUGGUCACGUUGCAGGAACGCAUCGUCAACGAGUGGGGAGACAAGGUCGAGCUCAGGUUUGGCGACAUGAGAACGAUGCCUGCUCCGUCUGAUGUGCGGCAGCGAGCCGAUAUUGUCGUAUCCGAGCUGCUGGGCAGCUUUGGCGACAAUGAGCUCAGUCCGGAAUGCCUAGAUGGUGCGAUGCGAUUCUUGAAGCGUGAGUGCUUGGUACCGGUAUCUGCUGCCCCUGUGCCUUCAAACCAGAAAUGACUAAUCAUCGCGCGUCUCGCGUUCUGGACAGCGGACGGCGUGUCAAUACCUUCAUCCUAUACACCUUUCUUGACGCCUCUUUCGUCUGCAAAGCUCCAUAGCGAAGUCCUGAAUGUUGGAGGAUCGACCGGCAAUGCCCCUUCGAGCGGGUCUCUGACGGAACGGUUGACGAAAGCGUCAGAGACACCGUAUGUGGUCUUGUUUCAAGCUGUGCAGCUACUUGCGGCUCAUGGAGGGAGGGGCAAUUGGGAGCAGGUGCAACAUGCUUGGACCUUCGAGCACGCGCCCCUCGAAAGCACUCCGACCGUGCGUGGCCACGAUGGUGAGUCCCAGUGGUCUGUCUGCCGGAGCCAACUCGGCAUUGCUGGACUCACGGUGUUCUGAUUCUUGUCACGCCAGGUCUUCCGAUCACCAACCAGCACAAUGUGCGCUCGACCACGCACACUUUCCACAUUCCGGAAGCCGGUACCUGUCAUGGUCUCGCUGGCUACUUUGAGGCGCAUCUGUAUGGCAAUGUGUUUUGCUCCAUCCACCCAGACCCAGAACGGACGAGCACGGAUAUGCUGAGCUGGUUCCCCAUCUUCUUUCCGUUCAAGGUGAGUGCCUGCUUGGAGUGCCUCGAAACGCUGACACUGGCUGAACUCCUCCUUCUUCGUGUACGUUCAAAGGAGCCGCUUUACCUUCCAGCCAAAUCGGAGCUUGACGUCAGCAUGUGGAGAUUGACUUCGGACAGAAAGGUGUGGUACGAGUGGUGUGCGCAAGCGUACCUAUCUGGUGCUGCGCUAGCGAUUCAGACAGAAGCAGAGGUCAGACCUUCGGCACGGCGACAAGCCUCGAUACCAGGGCUGAGGACGGUAUCGGCAGCUUCCAACGAUUCUCACGACGCGGGUGCCAAUGGAGCCUUCGUGAACGCGCCCAACACGCCUGGCAUGCCAAGUGUGCUUUUGCCGAGCUCGAGCGACGAGGUGCACUCACAUUCUGCGGCCGCUGCAGCCAUGGGAAGGCCCAAAUCUGUGGCUGGCAACCACGUCGCCACAAGCAACAUCAUCAUACCUCAACGCAUCUACAUAGCUGGGACUGCUCUGCACAAUCCGGGAGGGAGGUCAAGCUUCGUCGGCAUGUGAAUGCGAAGACACGAUCUUACGCAGCUUGUCUGUUCUUUACCCUCUGCCUCCCCCUUCUAAAAUUGCUCCCCGACCUUCUUUGCCGCUCCUUGAGAGGCAUUGCCUGGUAGAGCUGUUCAAUCGUCCGCACUUUUCUUGUGUAACAAAAUCUCACUCCAGGUUGCAUCAUCUAAAUGUUCUUCGCUUGCGGCAACGUGGAAGGCACGGAUCCGAUUGUGCUGAUCGUGCACAGCGUGAAGUGAUCUUGGGAAUCCUUCGAGAGCAUCAUCCACUGGAGGCCCAAGUGCUUGCGUGUAGGUCUUUGAUCAGCUCGGCACACUUGCUCCCAACAGCCAGGUUGACGACGCUGCAGGUGAUGUACCCUCCGUAGUCUUGCCGUGAUGGAGAGUCAAGAGUCUGCUCCGAGAAGGAGGGACAGGCUUGAACCCUGAAUCAACAAUGGCUAUCUGCAUGCUGCAGGUCCUGUGCGUCGAUCCAAGCAUGAUGCUGAGCUGCAAAACGCCGACCUUUUCACGCGCUCGACCGGAUUUGGGAUGCUCUGCUGACGCUGCUCUUGCUGCUACACUCGCGGUGGUACGCGCUGCAUUCGCAUGCUGCUCCACAUGCAUCGUUCACGAUUCACGCGGCGCGUGAAUUGCAGCUACAGGCCACGAGUGCGCAGCUGGUCAGCUUGGACGGUGGGACGAUUGCGGGGAAUUGAUUCGCUAAGAUGUUGGACCUUCAUUCCGACAGCUGUGGUCAUGACUCGCGACCUCGUCCGUGAUUCGUGACCCCCUUCAGCUACAACGCAGCUUGACUUCCAUCAGUCCGUCAGUCAGGAUCCUGCACAGUUUGCGACUUGCUCCUGUCAUUCAGACGAAGGUUGUGUCCUUGAGGUAGGUGAAGAUGACCAUGCCCUUGCGAGGUUGGCUCGACGCCGUAGAGAAGCUUCGGCUCACCUGUCCAGCUUGGCCCCUCUAGCGUUGUCUGUAGUCUCGACAUCAAUCCGCGUGUCUUCUAUUGUUAUCAUCUCGGCCACAGAUCCUUCUCGGCAUUCACACGGGCGGUUACAUAUCGCUUGUCCAACACCUCUCCCCGUCCCAACGCAGGUAGCACCGGCGCAGCGCCAGCAUCACUGCCCGACCAGAAAAUGUCCGAAUCAGUAAAGAUCCUCUCUCAGAAGCUGGACUUCGGCAAUGGCAAGGUCGCCCCUAAUAGACUGGUCAAGGCUCCAAUGGAAGAAAUGCUAGGACGAUUUGGUGGGAGCGCACCUACUCCUGCCCUUCUGAAAUUGUACAGGCACUGGGCCAAGGCUGGUUGGGGUAUGGUCAUCACUGGUGAGCACCGAAUGUAUGCGCGCGCUCUCUGCGCUGCCGAGGUCGAAUGACUCAGACAAUCAAAGAACGACCUAACCCUGUGCUCAUUAUGAUUCUCAGGCAAUGUAGCUGUAGAUCGGACACAUCUUGGAUUUCCUUGGGACAUCUCGUUUCCCUCGCCGCCUCAUUCUGAUGCUCUCAUCUCAGACUUCAAAGCGUACGCCGAAGCAUCUUCGGGUAGAGACAAUUCAUCGAUUGACGAGGCAGAUCGCCCGCUGGUAGUGGUACAGCUGGUCCAUGCUGGCAGACAAUCUCUACGAGGCUCAGGUCGAGCUCCUUGGAAGCCAGCUUUGGCCCCGUCUGCUGUCCCCAUGAGACCCUCUGAAGGCAUGGGCGUCGUCGGCAAAGCGCUAGACUGGCUUUUGUGGGGCACGCCGAGAGCUAUGACCCUGCCGGAAAUCCAAGAGAUGGUGAACCGGUUCGCAGCUGCGGCUGAGGCUUGCUCCAGGGCUGGAUUUGAUGGAAUUGAGCUGCAUGCCAGUCACGGGUGUGUACAAUCACACUGACACUUGUCGCAUCCAGAUAGUACAAUGAGCUUACUGUGCACAUCCUCGCUGCCUCCGCCCGCUUGGUCACCCAGCUAUCAGCUAUCAGCUUUCCUAAGCCCAAGGACCAAUCUUCGCGCCGACGCAUACGGCGGCGAUGCCCAAAGACGAGCACGCAUUCUGCUUGAAAUUGUCACUGAAGCACGCAAACGGGUCCCUCGAGAAUUCCUAAUCGGCGUAAAGGUGAAUUAGCCAUGAGGCAGGCUGUCCGGCCCAAUGCACAGAAGACUCACCUGGCGUCACCGCCCAUCCAAUCCAUGCUGCAGCUCAACUCAAGCGAUUACAUCCAAGGUGGAUUGACGGAAGAUGACGCAUUGCUCAAUGUGCGUUGGCUGGCGGAGCAUGGUGGAGUCGACUUUGUCGAGAUCAGGUACGUCUGCUGCUGCUGCGCGCGCGGGGGCCCUUCUCCGAGGUUGUCCUCGCUGACUUCAAGAAGUUCAUUCUCACAUAGCGGGGGCAAUUAUGAGAAUCCUAGUAUGUUCGGAAUGCGCAGCUCGAAAGACUGGCAGAUCAGAUAGCUGAAGCACCCUACACAAUCUCUAACCCUCGGCCUUCUCGCUGUCAGGCUUCAUGACCGAAGGUUUCAACGCCGAGGAAGAAAUGCGCAAGUUGCAAGGGGACACAUCGGUAUCUGCACCACAGCGAGGCACAGAGGCGUCCCAAAGGCAGAAGGACCAGGGCGCGCGUAGUGCUCGUUCUCAUGCUCGGGAAGCAUUUUUCCACAACUUUGCUAAGAAGGCGCGGGACAACCUUCCAGCUUCGAGCUCGACCAGGUUGAUCGUCACUGGUGGGCUGAAGACAAGAGCAGGAAUGGCGAGCGCGAUUGAGAAUAGUCACGUUGACGGCGUUGGCAUCGGUCGGAUGGCUGCUGUGUACCCGGACCUGCCUCGAAGGGUGCUCGACCAGAAUGUUGUAGAUGACGAAGACCCCAGAGCGAACGGACCUAAGUACGUCAUUCCUGGAUCAGGACUGCUGGGCUACAUACCGAUCAAGUUUGUCGGCGCGGGUUGGGGAACGUAAGUCAUAUGAGCUGAGUGAAUUGUCUUCCUGUUCUUUCGGCUGGUCGCUCACCGCCCACGCUCGCCUGCCCUCUUUGCCCCGGCCAGAGCGUGGCAUAACGGAAUGAUGUCAUACCUGGUUCUAGACAGGAAGCCCGACGUCCACGCCAGUACGCCUCGAAUCCUGCUCGGCAUUUUUGCGCCGUCAGUGCUUCAGCUACGCAUACACGCGUUCAUCGCUGCCAUACUGGUCUUCCUCGUGGCUUUCCUGCCUGGCGUCGCUCGACAGAAGACCGUCUAG